AUGGCGUACGUUUGGUCCAACGAACACAAGCAGCCCGGCAACCCUGGCUUCCAGAGCCCCCAGCUUCCAGCGCAGGUUCAAGAGUUUGUUCACACCUGGCUUGCUUGCGGGAACCUGGCCUUGGAAAUUCGCCACGCCAACGACAUUGCUGCUCGCAGUUAUCACAACGUUCUCAAGUACGACCCCGCCAAUAUCAACGCUCUACAUGGCCUCACAACUGCCACGCUCUCUAGACCGCUCUUUGAACUAGACUUCAAUAAAGUGCACGAGCUCGCCGAAAUCCUCAACUCAGCCUUUAAUCACUUUGUGCAUCUCAGAACCCACCCGGAGCUCCAACGCGAUCUGGCAAAUUGCUACUUCGUUCUCGGAGACCUCGAGAAGGCGCGUUCCAUUUUGCUCACCACGCUGGAGGUCUCCCAGCCCACUGCCUCCAUCUGGUUCACUUUGGGCCAGACGGCUCAGCGAAUGAACAUGCUUCCCGACGCCAUCGAAAGCUUCAAUCUGUGUCUCAGAGCGGCAUCAACUACGCCCGAGCUUGUGGAGCUGGCGCGCAAGGCCCACCUCGAGCUUGCUGCGAUUGCCAACAAACAAAACAAAAGGGAUCUCGCGGUCUCCGAGUUUACCGCAGCGGUCUCGCUCCCGCCGCCUCCUUACGACCAGUUUAGGGAAUACGGCUUUAUGUGGGGGCUUUUGGCUCUGUCUCACGAAAAAGCCGGGGACUUGAACGCUGCUGUGGCCACAUGCUUGAAAGGUCUGGAGACGGUGGGAGAGGACUCGAUGCUUCUCCUGCUGCAGGCGCAUUUUCUUCUGCAGGACGACUCCUCGUCAGACAACCUCCAGAACGCCACGAGUCUCUUGCAACGGGUGAUACAGAUCAGAAACAGAGAGUCUGAACCGUCCUUCCUCUCCCACUACCUGCUUGGACGCGCGUGCAUCCUGCAGGACGAACCCACAAAAGCAUACAAAUCGCUACAGGUUUCUCUGAACCUGGCACCACAAUCGGCACUCCCCUGGCUGACCAUCGGCAGCUUGUAUCUCAGGCUGAACCAGCUCACAGACUCCCUGAACGCAUACUCCCAAGUGAUCAAGAACGCGCCUCAGAACCACCAAAUGGCCAACGCCAUAGCGUGGGAAGGUCUUGGACAGGUAUACGAGAAAUGCGAGAACCAGUCACAGGAUGCCAUCGACUCCUACACACGCGCCUCAGAGUGCUACAAGCGGUGCAACAGACCGGAAAUGGCCGAAAAAAUGGCGGCCUUUGUGCGCAACCUGGAAAGCGGCAAGCACAAUCCGCAGUCGAUGCCGCAGGACAUGCCUUACUGGGUGAUCAACGAGUCGCUCUGGGAACAAGUGUUUGAGAACUUCGAGACUCCUACAUUCACCGCUGUGCAGCUGGUACAGACCUCUUCCGAGCCACCCAACGCGAUCUUGUCGAACUCUCCGCAUGGUGCAAAGAGCGGCAGCCCAAGAUCCCCGUUGCAGGCGGACAUGACCCCUGUCUACGGCCGCCAGCCUCCACCGGCUGCCUCUGCCCAGGUUACUCCAAUGAUGCCACCUCAUCCGCGCGCUUUUUACAUCCCCCAACAGCCAGUUCAUCCGGUUCUCUCACCCCACUUCAGGCCUUUUCUAAGGGGGGGCCCGGUGUACUCGUACCCACCGCUUUUCACAGCUCCGCCGCCUGCAAUAGAGGCUGCGGACAUGAACUACCACUAA